AUGGCGACAAUGGUCGAUCAUAACCGAUCGCAGGACCCCGAAGUGGUGAAAGAAAUAACCACUCUCGAAGAGACGUUCUUUAACCUUCCGGAAAAGUUUUUUCUUUUGGACAAGAUCGGUGAAGGAACGUUUUCCUGUGUGUACACUGCGGUCGAUCUUCUUCGCGACCAUUUCGACAACCGAUGGGAAUCCAAAAUGACGGAAACCCUCUCGGACCCGUCUGUGGUUGCGGUUAAGCGAAUCCACGUCACUUCGGCGCCCUUGCGUAUCGCAAACGAGUUGGAAAUUUUAGCCACACUCUCAGACUCUGCUCACGUCGCCCGCGUCAUUACCGCGCUGCGCGACGGCGACCAGGUUUUAGUGGUCAUGCAGUACGUCAAGCACACGGACUUUCGCUGUAUUUACCGCUCUGGAGAUAUGGACUUGGUGCGGGACUACAUGGUUGAACUUUUAAAGGGCCUGCAGUACUGCCAUGACAAUGGCGUUAUUCACCGCGAUAUCAAGCCCACCAACUUUUUAUUCAACACUGAAACCAACCGUGGUGUUCUUGUCGACUUUGGCCUCGCCGAAUUCUGGACGGCUGGCGGAACCUGCCCGUGCACCAGCGGCGGAUGGGAGGCCACUUAUGUGAAUCCACAAGUCCAAGCCGGCUAUCGUAAAGAUGACCCCCGUCCUGGACGUAGAGCUAAUCGAGCAGGUACUCGAGGCUUCCGCGCACCAGAGGUUUUGUUCAAAUGCAAUGCCCAGACUACUAAAAUUGACAUAUGGGCGGCAGGGGUUAUUUUACUGAUGUUUUUGUCCAAACGGUUCCCGUUUUUCAACUCGCUGGACGACAGCGAGGCAAUUGUCGAGGUGGCGACAAUUUUCGGCCGGGUCAAGAUGCAAAAAUGUGCGCUUUUGCACGGCUGUGUCUUCGAAACGACUAUCCCAACCAUUAGAGAGUCUGGUCACGCAUUCCCUCAGUUCCUGGACUGGUGCAAUCAUAUUCGGCGGACACCCGAGGAGAUGAUGGGCUCGGAUGAGACAGCGGCGAUUGAUCUGCUUUCAAAACUUCUUGAUCCUGAUUUCAGAACUCGUCCAAGUGCCCGCGACGCAUUACGUCACGACUUCUUGACUGGCCGUUCUCGCCCCCUGACCACAAAGACAGCACUACCAGCGCCCCAUAGUCCGUCUACGACCGGGUACAUUCAGAGCAACCAAGCUGCCAAGCGAACCGAAGGAGUUUAUGAACGCAAGCAAACCGAACGAGCCGCCGCUGCAGAAGCGGACAAACUCAUUGCAUCGGCAAUAAAAAGCGAACGACCCCACGAUCCCAGCAUUUCAGCGCAUGAACAGGCGCGAAAAAUCGAAUCUGCCCUGUUCGAUCUCCGAGACAAGCUUGAAGACGAAGGGCUUGACGAGGCCAGCAUCGAACGGCAGAUUGCUGCUGAGCGGCAACGAUUAACCACAAAAUACACAUCUUUGAAUCGUCCUGUUCCUACAAACCAAUUAGAGGUGGACUACUGA